GGUCUCUAUUUAGAAAAAAUAUAAUUAAUAAUUUAAAUUUAUUGUCAUCCAAUAGUCUCCCUCUUACAAUAACCUUCUUUUACUAAGGCAAUAAGGUAUAACACAAUCUAUUACUCCUCACAUAACCCUCCAAAACUCAUCCCGCUAACAAAUGGACCGUAACUUGUGAGGCCAUAGCUCGAACUCGAGUGACCGUUCUGAAGAAUCUUUUUGUGGUAAAAGUGCAAUAAAAAUUCAAUACCAAAUACGGCCUUCAGCGUAACUUAACAAAAAGUAAAGGAGGCCCCGCGUAAUUUCCCAAUUCCACCGUUCUGAAAUCGAAAAUGAAAUUUUCCCGCCUCACCAGUCCACCAACAUCGCGCCAAACCGAAAAAUACAACAGCCUAUGUAUAAUGUACUCUCUCUCUCUCUCUCUAGACUCCACACCCAGCGCAAAAAUGGCGACUUCUAGAUCUCGCUCGUUCUUCCAAGACAUCAGCUCAAGAGAACUUGAUGGAUUCAGAGUUCGCAAGCGGCCGUAUCCAGACAACGAGCUAUCGAAUUUCACUCGUAUCGGAGCUGUGACUACGGAACACAGCGGCGUAUUCUCUCCCCCUAUGGCCCUCUCCUUCUGCAAGACAAGUAAGAAUUCUCAUAUUCUUGCGGUGACUGAUGAGGAUGGGUACAUUAGCUUAUACAAUACUCGUUUGAAGUUUGCAUCUUCCUCAACGUGCCAAGAAAAUACAGAAAAAUCCAGGGUAUGCCAGUGGGUUGCACAUCAAAAUGCCAUAUUUGAUAUAUGUUGGAUUAAGGAAGACACCAGAAUUAUAACAGCUUCAGGUGAUCAAAGUGUAAAGGUGUGGGAUGCACAGGAAAAGAAAUGCAUUGCAACAUUGAUGGGGCACACAGGAAGUGUAAAAUCCACCUGUUCUCAUCCAACGAAUCCUGAUCUCAUUGUUUCUGGAGCAAGAGAUGGAUUAUUAAUGCUUUGGGACUUGAGGUGCUCUAACAGUAAAAAUGGGAGGCCUUCUCCAAUCCCAUUGGUCGAGGUCCGGGAUGCUCAUAAAUCACCUCAUGGCAAAAGGGUUAGGCGUGGCAAGGCUGCUCCAACCAGCGUCACAUCAGUUCUUUACCUAAAAGAUGAAAUUUCCAUUGCUUCUGCUGGAGCAGUUGACAGUGUUGUGAAGUUCUGGGAUGUUAGAAACCUAAAAGUGCCAGUAAUUCAGGCAUGUCCUAAUUCAGAGGUGGCAAUUGAAAAGAAAAGAAGAUUGCAUGGCAUAUCUAGCCUAUCACAAGAUUUAAAUGGAGUAUUUAUUGCAGCUUCAUGCAUGGAUAACAGAAUAUACCUCUACAAUGUGCUUCAGCUUGAAAAGGGUCCUGUUAAAUCUUUCUCUGGAUGCUUCAUUGAAUCGUUUUUCAUAAAGUCGGCAUUAAGUCCUGACGCGUCUCACAUACUUGGUGGUUCUAGUGAUGGAAAUGCCUACAUAUGGCAGGUGAACAAACCUCAAGCGGAUCCUAUCACAAUGAAAGGCCAUAAUGGAGAAGUUACAGCAGUAGAUUGGUGCCAAUCUGAGGUUGGGAAAAUAGCAACUUCUUCAGAUGAUUUCACGGUGUGCUUUUGGAACGUCAAGAACAGUUGUUACUCUAACACUAGAUCUCCAUCCUCGAUCCGAAGGAGAGUAAUGGCACCACCAUCAAUGGAAUGCAGAAAGCUUUUCAUGGAUGAAGAACUAGUUGAGCAUCAAAAAGGCUCUAACUCAACCAAUUCUAAUACCAUGCCUCAGUUGGGGACUCCUAAAUGCCAAAAGAAAAACUUCCCAUCAGAACUAUAUUCGGAAGAGACCCUCGAGAAGACCCCCGAAGCGUUGGUAAACAGCCCGUCUUCUGUUCUGAGCCCUCCAUCCUCUUUGAAAAGGAAGACAAUUCGUGAUUACUUUAUAGCACCGUCGUAGAACUUAAGGUUCCUUGUAUACUACUGUUAAUAGCUACUCUUACAAGUCAAUGCACUUUGGCAAUGAGUUGUUUUCAUGAGAAGACACGAACUGGCAACCUUCAAAUAAUUUACCGCUUGCAAAUGGGCUGUAUAUUCUUUUCAGGUCAGUGUGAGAACAAGACAGAUCUGCUCCUUACAAAUGAGAGCUUGAUUUUUAGAGUUUCCAUACAUUUUCUUAUCCUUGUGAAGUUACAUAUUACUAUGGGUGCUCUAUAGUACAGUUGGAUAAGUGUUAAUCCACAAAUUUUGAAGUAAUGUAUAUGUUCCUGUCCUUGUCUGUUCCCAUCUAGAAACCUGUCGGAUGAAAAGGAAUGCGAUUAUGGAAAUGUGAGAAGCGUAGAGUUGUGUU